AUGGGCAAACCAAAAGUUUUAUUAGUUCUUUACUCAGGUGGUGACCACGCCAGGCAAGAAAAGAAAUUGUUAGGGUGUGUUGAAAACGAGUUGGGUAUUCGUCAAUUUGUUGAAGAACACGGUUAUCAAUUGGUUUCCACCACUGAUAAGGACAGAGAAGGUUCAGAAUUUGACAAGAACUUGGAAGAUGCCGAAAUCGUUAUUACUACUCCUUUUUUCCCAGCUUACCUCACCAAAGAAAGGAUUGCUAAAGCUCCAAAAUUAAAAAUUGCAAUUACUGCCGGUGUUGGGUCCGACCAUGUUGACUUGAAUGCUGCCAAUGAAAGAAACAUUUCUGUUUUGGAAGUUACUGGUUCAAAUGUUCAGUCCGUUGCUGAACACGCUGUUAUGACCAUGCUUGUCUUGAUCAGAAACUACAACAUUGGUCACUUUCAAGCCGAAAGUGGUGGUUGGGAUGUUGCUGCUGUUGCCAAAGAAGCAUAUGACAUUGAAGGUAAAACCAUUGCUACUGUUGGUGCAGGUAGAAUUGGUUACAGAAUUUUGGAAAGAUUAGUUCCUUUUAAUCCAAAGAAAUUGUUGUACUAUGAUUACCAACCUUUGCCUGCUGCUGCUGAAGAAAAAUUGAACAAAGCGUCAAAAUUGUAUAAUGAUGUGGAUACCAUUGUUGAAAGAGUUGAAUCAUUGGAAGACUUGGUUGCUCAAUCCGACAUUGUCACCAUUAACUGUCCAUUGCAUGAAGAAACUAGAGGUUUAUUCGACAAGGCCUUGAUCUCAAAAAUGAAGAAAGGUUCCUAUAUCGUAAACACAGCAAGAGGUGCCAUUUGUGAUGCCGAUGCCGUUACUGAAGCAUUGUCUUCGGGACAUCUUGCAGGUUAUGGUGGUGAUGUUUGGAACGUGCAACCAGCUCCAAAAGAACACAAAUGGAGAUCAAUGCACAACCCAUACGGUGAAGACUACGGUAAUGCUAUGACUAUCCAUGUUUCCGGUACUUCAUUGGAUGCCCAAGCAAGAUACGCUGCUGGUGUAAAGAGCAUAUUGACUCAAUAUUUUGACAAGACUUAUAACUACAGACCUCAAGAUGUCAUUUGUAUCGAUGGUCAGUACGCUACCAAAGCUUAUGGUCAACGUGAUGAGAAAAAGGCCGCUUAA